AAUAUAAGAAAAAUUUUAUUUUUUAAGUGUAUUUGUUGGUUCUGUUCAACCCGAACUUACGUGUUUUCAUCAAUAAUGACCACGAUGUCCACCACUAAGAAAGGUCUCUCUCUCCUCUUCGACCGACCCCGCGAGCCCAUCUACAAAUCCAGAGCCAACAAGACUGUCUUCUCGAUUCCCCCUGAGUACAUCGUCAACCACUUCCAACCCCUCCUCCCCCACUUCGGCGACGAUUACAACGAAGAGUUCAUUCCCAUCAGGAGGAUCACCAUUCCCCCUUUGGGCGAAAUCCUCGAACUCCAGCGCGACGAGAACUUCUCGCUCUUCAUCCCCAAGCACCGCCGCAUCGCCGGAAAGUUCAUCGACAUCUUCCUCGCUAUGGCCAACCUGGACGAGCUCCUAGCGGUCGCGGUGUACGCCUGGGACCGCGUGAACCCCUAUUUGUUCAACUACGCGUUGUCGGUGGCCAUUUUGCACCGGCCGGACACCCAAGAUUUCGACCUACCGCCGUUCAUCGAGACAUUCCCUGACAAGUACUUAGACGCUAAAGUGUUCGCCAAGGUUAGGGAGGAGAUGACGGUGGUGCCCGACGGGUCGCGGAUCCCCAUCAAGAUGCCGAAGGACUACACGGCUUCGGACCUGGAGGUGGAGCACCGACUGGCGUACUUCCGGGAGGACUUGGGGAUUAAUCUGCACCACUGGCAUUGGCACUUGGUGUACCCGAUCGAAGCGGCGAGGGAAGUCGUGGCGAAGAAUCGUAGAGGGGAGCUGUUCUACUAUAUGCAUCAGCAGAUCAUCGCGAGGUACAACUACGAGAGGUUGUGCAACAAGCUGGAGAGGGUGACGAGGUUGAACGACUGGACGAAGGAGAUCGAGGAAGGUUAUUUCCCGAAGCUGGAUAGUUUGGUGGCUGGUAGAUCGUGGCCGGGGAGGUUUGCCAACCAAAAAAUCCGGGACUUGAACAGAGAGGUGGACCAAAUUAAGCAAGACGUUGAAGAUUUGAAGAGGUGGAGCGACCGGAUUUACGCCGCCAUUCACCAAGGGAGUGUCACCGACGCAAGCGGAGGUACCAUCAGUCUGACCGAAAACGAAGGCAUCGACAUCCUGGGUAAUAUGGUGGAGUCCAGUAUCCUGUCGCCCAAUCGUACCUUCUAUGGAGAUCUCCACAACAUGGGACACGUCUUCAUCUCGUAUAUCCACGACCCGGAUCAUCGUCACCUUGAGUCUUUCGGGGUUAUGGGUGAUUUGGCGACGGCCAUGCGGGACCCAGUUUUCUACAGAUGGCACUCUUACAUCGACGACAUAUUCCAAGAAUAUAAAGCCACUCUGCCACGUUAUAGCGAAAACCAACUCAACUAUUCUGGUAUCACUGUAAGCAACAUCGAAGUCCAGUCGGAGGGAAGCCCCAAUAACACUUUUAACACGUUCUGGCAACAAUCAGACGUGGACUUGUCCAGAGGAAUGGACUUCCAGCCUAGAGGUUCCGUCUUCGUGAGGUUCACCCACCUGCAGCACCAACCCUUCACUUACAAGAUCACCGUUAACAACCAGGCCAACGGUAGUAGACAAGGCACCUGCAGAAUCUUCCUGGCGCCGAAAAACGACGAAAAGGGCAACCCGUGGUUGUUUAGAGACCAGAAGACCAUGUUCAUCGAGUUGGAUAAAUUCACGGUCAAUUUGAAGCAAGGCCAGAACACCAUCAACCGGGCUUCCAACCAGUCUUCAGUGACCAUUCCUUUCGAACGCACGUUCCGUAAUUUGGACUUGAAUCGUCCCCAAGGAGGAGAAGCCUUAGCCCAAUUCAACUUCUGCGGUUGUGGAUGGCCUGCACACAUGCUGAUCCCGAAGGGGACUCCGGAAGGUUUCGCCUCCCAGCUCUUCGUGAUGAUCUCCAACUAUGAAGACGACAAGAUCGAUCAAAAGACCGACGGAGUAUGCAACGAUGCUGGAAGUUAUUGCGGCAUCAAGGACAAGUUGUAUCCGGAUCGCCGCUCCAUGGGUUACCCGUUCGACAGGAUGCCCAGAACUGGAGUCGACACUCUCCAGCAGUUCUUGACUCCCAAUAUGAGGGUCCAAGAUGUUACCAUUAAGUUUAGCGAUAGGACCGUUAGACCUAAGCAACGUAAUUAGAAAGAAUGUUUACAAACUUAAGAGGAAAUAAAGUUUACAAUACCA